CCACGAACCGAUCGACCGAGAGAGCGCGGCAGCGAUGGCGGGGAAGGAGGAGGGACGGAUCUUUGUGGGCGGCCUAUCGUGGGAGACCAACGAGGGCAAGCUCGAGGAGGCCUUCCGCCGCUUCGGCAAGGUCGUCGACGCCCAGGUACCCGCCCAGCCGGCGGUUGGUCCGACGUCUCCACUAGUGCUUGUACCGUGGUAGUUUCGUAGUCUCCGUGGUUUAUGUGCGUAUUUUUAUAGAUUGGCGCUGCUAGAUCUGCUAGUUUUUCAUCAUCCGCGAUUCGAUUUUUGAGGGUGCGAUGGUUGGAAAGGCGGUGGGUGUGGUGGUGUAGGGAGAAAUUUGGAUCUGUUUUUUGCUUUUGUGUGUGGUCGAAGGGGAAUAAACUCGUGGGUGGGGAAUAUGUUAGAUUUUGUUGUUGCGUUCCUCUGGUUCUGAACUACGAGGCACCAAUUGAGGAAACAAGAUUAAUCACUAUAAUUUGAAGUAACCGAAUUCUGUAGCUUCAUGAACAAGAAUGAUUUUUUUAUUAGCUAGGCAUAUUAUCUUUACAUGCUAAAAGAAAGCAGUCUUAUCUAGGCCUGGUGGGAAUGUGGGAUCUUGUUUCAAGUGAAAAAGAAAAUCAUGAUUCAACGUCUUAGCUUCUCAAAUAGAAUAAAAAGGUGCUAUAUAUUGGGAUUUGUUGUCUCUUAUGAUUAUUUUGUUUUGCUGUAUAUUUGCCUUCUUUAGUUUGCGAUUCCUCAAGAGUACUUACAGUUCUUGUUUUUCUAUCUUCUUUGCAAUUGGGGAUCUGUGAAUGAUCUCUCUCUGCCAUUCUUUGUUUACUGAGGCCAACUGAGCUGCCAGAUUCUCAGAGCUGGAUGGCAUAUGGAUAUAUAUUGCUUUACUGGGCUGAAUGCUGGUGACGUUCACUGCAAUUAGAUACCUGUUUUGAGCACUUUUUACCUUUGAAAUUGGAUUGAAUGAGCAGGGAACAGUGAUUGAUCCAACUGUUGUUAGUGAUAGUUCAAACUUUGUGAUCUGGUAAAAGAGAUUGGAUGUUGCUGCAAAGUUUGGUCUGAUUCGACGAGCAAUACCUGCACUGCUCCUGUAGCUUUGUGAUUGUCUGCUUUCGUUGUGAUUUCGAAAUCCUGCUCUGCCAGCACCGGAGCUGUACCUAUAUUAAUGACACAGGGCGAUCAGUGAAUUUUUGUGGCCCAUUGCUCUACUAUGAAAACAUCUGAACAAAUUUUGGCUGUGUCAGGUCAAUCCAAGUCGAUUGGCUGAUAAGAUACAACACAAAUAAUCAAUUUAUAUAAGCGUCUGGCUAUAUUCACUGUUCAUGAACAUGUUUCUUAGUUGGGUUCAUUGGCAUCCAUGCAGCUAGAGAUAUCAGCUACAGUUGAUCUGAUUUUCUUUUCUUUAUAUUACAUGUCUGCAUAGUUCUUCACACCUUGCUAGCUUUUUCAGCAUUAAAUGAGCUGGCAACAAGCUUGAUUUGUUUCUUGUUUUAUGUUUUUGAUAGAACUAGAUAAAACUUUUCUUUAAUGAUGUAUUCACUGCAAUUAUUCAUACAUAUGUUCAGUUCGUUGCAUCAUUAACAGCUGCAGCAACCUAUAUGAUCUUUGCACUUUUUUUGUAUUAAAAGUCCCAGUAACACUUUUCAGAAAGACACCUUUCCGUGAAGUUCUUUCUUGUACUGUUCUGUUUUUCUAAUUAGUAUCUUUGCUGCUAAGAGUCAGUAAAUGCUUUCUUUGAUGAAAGUCAAUUUGAGUUGAAAGGCCAUCUUUGCAUAUUGGUGCAUUGUACAGUAUGGCAGUAUGCAGUGUUCAUGUAUGGACGUUUUGAAGAACUGCCGAAGCAAAAAUUUGAUGUUAGCCCCACUGAUGCAGACAUUUGAUCAUUGUCUUUUGCGUGAUGUUGCUUGAGUUGCCUCCAUUGUAUUACAGUGGUGAAAAGAUAAAUCUCAAGCUUAUUCAGCAGACAAGCCUUCCAGCAGUUCAGACUUUAAUUGAUGUUGUUUCCAUGGAAAUGGAACUUGUUUGCAUCUCUAGGUUCUUACAAUUGGUUUAUUUGACGUGAUAUGUCCGGUAGAGAACAUGGCAGUGGGCAUUUCUGCUGGAUUGUCCAGACACCAGAGGAUGUUGAAAUUACCGAGAAGUCUGUUGAAUGUGGGUACUGGCAAAGAAGUUGCCUGGUUGGUAAUAGUUCACUUUUCGUUAACAGAGUGCCAGACAUUGUUCUAUAGCUUUACUGCUUGUCAGAGCUUUACUGUUGUGGGAAUAGAUUCUGUCGUGAAGGUAGUUACAGCUAGAUGCACCUGUGUCAGAAUUACGAUUUGUUCUUUAAUCACUGAGAUCCAGAUCAUGCUGGAGAGGCACACAAACCGCCACAGGGGCUUUGGCUUCGUGACAUUUGAAGAUCGACGAGCAGUUGACAGCGCUAUCAAAGAUAUGCAUGGCCAAGAAUUAGAUGGUCGGAUAAUUUCAGUGAACAAGGCUGAGCCUAAGAUGAAUACAGAUGACACAAGGUAUGACAGUGGUGGUGGGCGAGGAGGAGAUUAUCGUGGUGGUGGGCGAGGAGGAGAUUAUCAUGGUGGUGGCAGAGGUGAUGGUCCACCCCCUGGCAAUUGCUUUGAGUGUGGUCGCCCUGGUCAUUGGGCUCGUGACUGCCCUAGCGCUGGUGGAGAUCGUCCUGCAAAGUUCUCUUCCAAGUUUAGUAGUGGUGGCAGCAGAGGUGGCAGGGGAGACCGUUUUUCUGGAUUAGAUAGGUUUGGUGAUCGUUACAUGGAUGAUCGAUAUGAUGGUAGCCGCUACGGGUACCGUGACCAAGUUGACAGCAGAGACAGGUAUGCUGGGGUCCGUGAUCGUUAUGCCAAUGAUCGCUACCCCUCUGGUGGUGAUCACUUUGUUGCGGACAGGUAUGGAGGUCCAGAUCGUUAUGCGCCAAGUGGUUAUGGUAGGGAGCGAGAAAGAAGCUAUGAGAGAGACGGAGUUCGUGGCGGUGGCGGUGGCGGCGAUGGCUAUGAUAGGAGUGGCCCAAGAGGUGGUGGAAGCUAUGACAGGGAUGGCCCAAGGGGUGGCAUGGGUGGUGGGUAUGACAGGGAUGGUCCACGUGGUGGUGUUGCUGACCGUUACGGUGGCAGAGGACCUGCACGCCAUGGUGGAGGGAGUUACAGGGAAAGGCCUGGGCCGUAUGAUCGCCCCAGCAGGGGAGGACAUUUUGAUGAUCGCUACUGAUGAACUGUCUGCAGACUUGAGCUCUUUAUUUUGCAGUUUAAUGUUUGGAGUUUCGCAUGGCUGAAUGCUUAAUGAGUUGUGGAGGAUGCUUGAUGUAUUCCCCUUGGCACUGUUAUAUCUAUUCUGUACUUCAACCAGUACUGGCACCGUGUUGCCUUCUUGCUAAGUUUAUCCAGAAGCCUUGUUUGCAUGCUGA